GCAGCAGCAGCAGCAGAGCCGUUCAUAAAUCCUCUUCAUAUCGGAUGCUGAUCGUCCAUGCAGAGCACCUGUGCCGUGGCAUUUGAUUUGGAGACCCGGCGACACUGCUGAGUAAUUCAAUUUGGAAGUUUAGGAGGAUGCCCGGAAUUCCGAUGUGUUAAGGGUCCUGUGUGAGCUAGUGAGGCAGAGAUGAGUCUGACGUCCUGGUUCCUGGUGAGUUGCGGGGGGACGCGCCAUCGUCUCCCCAGGGAGAUGAUCUUUGUGGGACGGGACGACUGCGAGCUCAUGCUGCAGUCCCGCAGUGUGGACAAACAACAUGCUGUUAUCAACUAUGAGCCGACUACAGAUGAGCACAAAGUGAAGGACCUGGGUAGCUUGAAUGGGACGUUUGUCAAUGAUGUCAGAAUUCAGGAGCAAAUGUAUGUCACGCUGAAAAUGGAUGACAAAUUGAGGUUUGGAUAUGAUACUAACCUGUUCACCGUCGUGCGCGGAGAGCUGCAUGUUCCUGAGGAGGCACUCAAGCAUGAGAAGUUCAGCAGCCAGCUCCAGCUGAGCCACAAAAAGCCCUUAGACGGGGAAUCCUCUCGAUCAGAGGUCAAACCAGCUGAGGCAGCAGCAGCACCAGUGUGUGAGGGGGCUGCUGCCAAGCCCCCUGAGGCCAGCAGGGGGGAGGAUAAGAUGACAGGAGACACAGCAGUGUUGCACAGAGGCACCCCCCUGUAUGGCCAGCCUGCCUGGUGGGGAGAUGGAGACUCUGAUGUCCAACAUGCAGAGAAGCAGGAUGGAAGGAAGCAAGAAAAAGCUGACGCAGAUGGGAAAGACCCUAAGAAGAGUGUGGAGAGCCCAAGGAGUACCCUGCAAGGGGCCUCCAGUCAGGAGCCAAGCUACUUUGAGAUCCCAACCAAGGACACACACUCGGGGAAAGCCAGUGGGGAGGCCCCAUCCCGAGAAGCCGAGGCUGGCGCCGCCUCUGCUCCGGAGCCGGCCCACGGUCAUGCCUCCUUCACUAUUGAGUUUGACCCUGGUGCCUCAGGUAAAGUGACUGUAAAAGAUCGUGUGGCAAAGGCAGCGCCAGAGACGAGGCCCCGCCCCAAGAGGGGUGUGGGGGAGGAGCUAAGUCCCCUUCAGACAGCCAUGGUGGCAGCGGAGGUGAAAGUUGCUGAUUGGCUGGCCCAGAACGAGCUGCCACUGGCCCUUAAAGAGACUGUCGCUGAGGAUGACGGGGAAAGUGUGAAGAGUGACGUGCCUGUCCAGUUGAGGAGUCUUAAAGGCAGUAAACAUGAGGACGGCACCCAGAGUGACUCAGAAAAUGCCCUUGGAGAGCAGCGCAGGGCCGCUGCGCUGGAGGAGCACUCGCGGGGGCUGUGGGGCGGCUCAGGCAUGAAGGUCAGAGAGGGUCGAGCGAACGUCCCAGAGGGGCUUUUUGCAGAGGAGGACAGCCCUGCACGCCGUCGCAAAUCCUCCACUUCCAAGAUGGCAGCACUUGGAGGCGGAUUCGGGGAGAGGCGGCGAGGCUCAGCGCCGCAUCAGCAGACGGGCCGCGACGAGUGCUAUCACCAUGGAGACGACCACAGCGACAGAGGGACCUACACAAUUGAGAUGGAGAAUGGAGAUCACGAGGAGGAAGAGGCUAGGAGAAUGAUUGACAAGGUGUUUGGUGUGGACGAGCAGCAGUCUCUGUGUGUGUCCAGGCUAGGGGGUGCUGACCACCAGAGGGACAGGCUUGCCUCCCACAGGUCUGGCACAGGGGACAGGGGCAAACCUGGACGCAUGGAGACAGAGAUCCUGUCUGAGGAGCUGGUGGUCGGGGGUCCACGCUGGGUGUCCCAGUGGGCUACUCUAGCUGCCAGUCACAUUAGGACAGACCCUGAAGGAUCAGGGGGAGAGACUCAAGUCUUGGUCACUGAAGACAGAGCUGAAAUCAGUGAAUCCAGCCACUCAGCAUCCUUUGCCUCUUCUGGCUACACGGAAAGAAAGAGGAGAACUUUGCCCCAGCUGCCCGGUGAGGAAGUCGCCCUGGGACGCAGAGCCCCAGGCUCAGGGCUACGCACAGACAUGGGGGAGAAACAGGACACAGAGCUGCAGGAGAAAGAGAAUCGUGAAGAAAAGACGACCAGAGGGAAGCAUCGGUCUGGCCAUGGCGUCGGAGGUGUGAGCAGUCAGGGGGGGAGCCCCAGCCGCUCCUCACCAGCCAAGUCACAGGACAGUGGUGGGGGGAGAGCAGGCCAGCCAGGUGUGAUGGCAAAGCUCCCCCCACGUCCACUGAGCAGCGGGGAGAAGAGAGCGGAUGAGGCACGCAGGAGGAAAAAGGAAGAGGAGAAGGCCAGGGAGAACACUGGAAAGCCUUUGCUGAGGCAGGAGAGUUUUACUGUGGAGAGACCGAGCUCCAACGUGCCUAUUGAGCUCAUACCACGCAUCGACGGACACACGAGCAACAGAGUUCAAACUGGCGUCGACAGCGCCACACUGCAGAAAGACUCUGAGGCAGUGGCUGCCUUUUUAGAGACCACAGUGUCAGACCAAGGUGAUCCACCGAGUCAGUCCAUCGAGGGCUCUAUGUCACCAGAGUCAGAUGUAGACACGACCAGCACCGUAAGUCAGGCUGACGGGGGGAGGAAAGUAGUGCAGAAACGGCGGACCCUUGCAGGACAGCAGAAGGAGAGAACGGUGGUUUGCUCAUCUGCCAAAGGCUCUGCUGGAGGCCGAGAGAUCCAGGACAGGAGGGUCAAGACCAGAACAUCUGCCCCACAGCAGCCCAGCCGACCCUGGACGUCCCUGGAUCUCACUGACGAUGACGUAAACUCCAACUCUCUCCUUUCUGACUCCCAGCCCACUUCCACAAAGGAAUCCAGAAGCUCACAUACCAAAGCCCAGACAGGGGGCACAACAGUAGGGGCCAGCACCAAGUCUAGCCGGGCUAAGAUCACCCAGCCCCCAGCCUCCACCGCAGCCACCACUAAUUCCAGUAAACCCUCUGCCGCCCCCAAGCCCAGGCCCACCAGGGCCUCCCUGCUGAGGCGAGCCCGUCUGGGUGACUCCUCAGACACAGAACCUGCCGACCUGGACCGGAUGUCUGUAGCCUCCGAGGCCUCCACAGCAAGCUCCACAUCCAGGACAGGAAUGGCCCGGAGAGGAAUGUCCAGGAUAGAAGCUCUGGCACAGCCUAGGAAGCCCAGGGUGGGCUCUCCCUCCGCCCAGAGUGACUCAGAGGCCACUGUGACCAGGAGCAGGGGCCUGGGAGCCCGCAGUGUGGCAGGAGACUAUAUCAUCAGACAAGGACUGAGAGGGGCCGGUGUGACCUCCAUGGCUGCUCCCAGAGCCAGGGCUAACAGCGCCUCCAAGCUGCCGGACAAGGGUAAAGGCACUUCCUCCUAUGGUCACAUCACACCUGCAUCCAGCACUCGGUGGCGCCGCGUGCCUGUGGAGUAUGCCUCCACCUCAGAGGAUGAGUACGGCUCAAACCGCCACACGUCCAAGCAGAGCCACACGCGGCCCUUCCCGUCCACUCGAGUAGCCCAGCUAGGAGGUUCAGCCCCAGCAACCCCGAGUCCUGGGGGCCUGGCUGCCCUGAGGCAGCACUCCAGGGAGCAGGACGAGUACAUGAGAGACUGGACCGCACACAGCGAGGAAAUAGCAAGGAUUAGCCAAGACCUAGCCAAAGAUCUAGCCAUGCUCGCCAGAGAGAUUCAUGAUGUAGCGGGAGAGAUCGACUCAGUCAGCCCUGCAGCCACAGACCCGGGCGCUCUUUUGGAGGAACGUGUCUUUGAUGAUAGCUUGGAGCUGUGUGGCUCCUCCACAGAGCACAGCAGCAUUCUGGGAACCAACGGGCGGCCUGUGGAGCUGCGACCCCGCGGCUCUAAUGGGCAGGCGUCCCGCUCCAUCCGCAGGCAGACCUGGAACAGAGACGAUGCGGUGCUAGACAGCUUACUGCUCGCAUCUGUGACUCAACUCUCAGCUAAGAUCCGCCAGUCUGUUGACAAAACAGCAGGCAAAAUCAGAAUCCUCUUCAAGGAUAAAGAGCGAAAAUGGGAUGAGAUUGAGAAUAAGCUGCAGGCGGAGCACGACUCCUUGCUCCUCAAGAGCUCCAACAAGGAGAUUUCCACCAUCCUUCAAGACCUGAAGAGGGUGGAAAGACAACUGCUUGUCAUUGAUGUGAUGGUGGACCCAGACGGCACUCUGGACGCCCUGUCCAACCUGGGCCUGACCAGUCCACUUGUGACGGAGCAGAAGAUCAGUCCUGGGGCUCAGCAGGGGGCUGCAGCAGGAGCUCCCUCCUGCACCCCGUCAGCUCCCGAUGGAGCCUCCUCUGACGCCCGUACAGAGGUGGCGGAGCGAGACCCAGGGUCCCCUGCGAACUACAACCUGCCCCGCAGUGGGGAACAGAGCUCUGGAUCCCACAACUGA